AACAAACAACAAAUACCAACUUACAAACAUCAUAUAAACACCAAAUAACCGAUAAAUAAUAUAAAAUAAACAAGAGACGCAUGGCGCUGCUCACCUUCCCUUCCCGAGCGUGAGAUCUCUGUAGGUAGACGCGUUUCGUGCCGUGCGGCCUAAGAUACUCCAGUAUGCGUUACGUGGCUGCUUACUGCCUGUUUGCCCUGAGUGGGAAGACACCCACCGCCAAGGACCUGGAGAAGAUGCUGGGAUCCGUCGGAGUGGAUUGUGAUGCUGAGAAGGCCAAGAAGGUUGUCUCUGAGCUGGACGGCAAGGACCUGGAGGAGCUCAUCAAGGAGGGCAUGUCCAAGCUGGGCACCAUGCCUGCCGGUGGUGGUGGUGGUGGUGCUGCCGCCCCAGCAGCGGGUGGAGGCGCUGCCCCAGCCAAGGAAGAGGCCAAGAAGGAGGAGAAGAAGGAGGAGCCAGAGGAGGAAUCUGACGAUGACAUGGGCUUCGGUCUCUUUGAUUAAAUCCACUCCUGACAAUAAAGUGUGAUUUUA